AUGGCCGACCACUCACACUCCCACUGUCACGGCGAGCACUCCUACGACCACGGAGAAGGCGCACAUGACCACUCUGGUUUGCACCUCGUUAACCCCCAUACACAGAACGGAAUCCAAUACACUAACUCUACAGACGAUGUCACACCCGCCAUUCAAUCCUCCCUCUACAGGCACAUAGACUUCGACAGGAUAACCACCCUGAAUGAAGCUACUCCCGGCAGCGGACGAGAUGUCGUUAAGAAAUCCUGGGAGGACCGGCUCGCCAGCACUCCCAUUGUCGAAAGUGAUGCGGAUGAGGAACUCUUAAUGUUCAUCCCGUUCGUACCCCUUCCCUCCCUACCCUAGUAACUAACAAUCAAUUCAUCGAUCCGGGGAUAUUGAGGAGAUAACAAUACCAGAUUUGUCGGCCUCGUAAAGCUCCAUUCAAUCCUCAUCGGCGCGGACCCCGGAGUCUCUGCUCCGAAAACCUUGAAGCUCUUUUCGAACAGGGACGAUAUGGACUUUAGUUCCGCUGGUGAUACCCAAGCCGUACAGGCACUGGACCUCCCGAUGCCGCCUCCCGGCAAUGAUAGAGUUAUGGAGAUCCCAGUGAAGCGGGCGUUGUUCAACAAUACUAGAUCCCUGACACUCUUCUUUGAGAAUAAUUACUCGGAUGGGGAGGAGUUUACGCAGAUCUCUUAUUUGGGGUUUAAGGGGGAUUGGACCGAGUUGAAGAAAGAGCAUGUGGUUACGUUGUAUGAGGCUGCUGCAAACCCAGCGGAUCAUAAGAGUUUGGUCCCAGGUGCGAAGUAUGGAUCUUUGGGGUUGGGAGGGAGACAGGGUGACGGGUUUUAA